UGAUAAGAAAAUCACACAAAAGCAAAGGAAUUCAUUUAAAAUACGCCAUCUUGGAAGACACGAAAAGUGUUGUUUAGUGGACACUCCCCGAUUUAUUCUUAUUUGAUUAGCAAUCUCGCUUAAAUCGUUUCGAAAAUCAUGAAUCGUCGUGGUGACAGUCGUGACGAACGCGGGGGCCGUGGUGGCGGAGGCUCAGCAAAUUUGAUGCGUCGUAAUGAUCGAAACGGUGGCCGAGUGGAAAAACGUUUCGACCGCCAGGAGCGUAACGGCGAAAAUCUGCGGGCCAUUCGUUGGGAUCAGGUGAAGUUGGAAGAUUUUCAGAAGAAUUUUUUCAACCCUUCGAGCACUGUGCUGUCCAGAUCGCGGACGGAAGUUUGUCAGUAUUUGGACAAAAAUGAGAUUACCGUACUGGGAAAGAAUAUUCCAGCUCCAAUUUUGAAAUUCGAUGAAAGCGGUUUUCCGAAAUGUUUCAUCGAUGAAAUUGCGCACCAGGGAUUCCAGGAGCCAACCAGUAUUCAAGCUAUCGGAUGGUCGAUAGCGACGAGUGGAAGGGAUAUGGUUGGUAUCGCUAAGACUGGGAGCGGAAAGACGUUGGCUUAUAUUUUGCCAGCAUUGAUUCAUAUUAGCAAUCAGCCGAGACUUCUGCGAGGAGACGGUCCGAUUGCGUUGGUGCUGGCACCAACGCGCGAAUUGGCCCAGCAGAUCCAGCAGGUUUGCAAUGAGUUUGGUCGUCGGAUGGGUAUAAUGAACACCUGCAUCUUCGGGGGCGCUUCAAAGCAUCCACAGGCAGAUGAUUUGCGUCGCGGGGUUGAGAUAGUGAUUGCCACUCCUGGUCGCUUGAUUGAUUUUCUCGAGAGCGGAACAACGAACCUUCGUCGCACUACCUAUCUCGUACUUGAUGAAGCCGAUCGUAUGCUGGACAUGGGUUUCGAACCGCAGAUUCGUAAGAUAAUUUCCCAGAUUCGUCCAGACAGACAAGUGCUGAUGUGGUCCGCUACUUGGCCAAAAGAAAUCCGUAAGCUGGCGGAGGAGUUUCUCCGGGACUACAUACAGAUCAACGUUGGAUCGCUGAAUUUAGCCGCAAAUGAGAAUAUUUUGCAAAUUAUAGAUUGCUGCCAAGAGUAUGAAAAGGAGGCCCGACUCUUCAAAUUAUUGUCUCAGCUCUCGGAGCAGGGUCACAGCAAAUCGAUUAUAUUCGUUGAAACUAAACGAAAGGUGGAUAAGAUUACAGGUAUUAUCAAGCGGAAUGGAUGGAGGGCCGAUGGAAUCCAUGGUGAUAAAACGCAAAAGGAUCGCGACUUCGUUCUGAAUACGUUCCGCCGGUCGAACAACGGAAUAUUGGUGGCCACCGAUGUGGCCUCGCGAGGUUUAGAUGUGGACGAUGUGAAGUUCGUCAUCAACUUUGACUUCCCCAAUAACACGGAGGACUAUAUUCAUCGUAUCGGACGAACUGGCCGUUCCACCAACAAGGGAACAGCGUAUACUUUCUUUACUCCAGCCAACAGCUCCAAAGCUAACGAUUUGAUCGGAGUACUGAAGGAAGCCAAUCAGUUCAUCAAUCCAGAGUUGCAAGAAUACGCUCGUCACGGCGGUGGCGGUGGUCGAAACCGCGGACGAGGCGGCAACAGUGGUCGUAGUGCAGGUGGCGGUUAUCGCGAUCGCCCAAUGAGAAAUGACGGAAAGAGAAGGAACGAUGAUUUUCGUGGUGACGAUCGUGGUCCAAAGUUUGCUCGCAGCGAUGAUUUCGGUAGUACCCGUAAUGCCGGUUUUGGCGGUGGUAAUAGUAAUCGCGACGGUCUCAGAACCGGCAGCUUUGGAGGUUUGAACAACCGUGAUGGCGGUUUCAAACCGGCCGGAACCGGAGCCGGCAGUGGUCGCAGCGAAGGAUUCAAAUCAGGUGGAUUUGGCGGAAAUACUGACCGGGAUGGUGGAAUUAGAUCUGGUGGCGGUAGUAGCGGUUUUGGUGGAAAAGAUCUUCGCGAUGCACCUAAACCGAGUGUUGGCUAUGGCACAUCUACUGAUAGAUCUGGUGGAAGUGUUGGUGGAUUCUCUGGAAGCAAUACCGCUUACGCUAGUGUGGAUAGAAUUGGGGUAUCCAUUCCGAACUUCAACAAACCUCCACCAUCAAUCGGAGCACCAUCUGGCGGAUUCAGUGCUCCACCCCCGUCUCGUCGUCCAGAAGAAAAAGGCCGUCCGCAACUGAGCAGCACAGUGGGAAGUACAUUUGGGUCUCUAAAUGGCAGCAACUAUAGCUCUGGUAGUGGCUCCAAUAGUUUCCAAAAUCACAAUCAAUUUCAAUCCAGCCAGAACAAACCCUAUGGUUCUCGAGCUGCACCGACGGGUAUGUGAUGCGGAUGAUAAUCUUUUUGAAUUCAAUAUAUGAAAUAUGUUAGGCGUAAGUAAGAUGUCAGUUUUUGAAGAAUGUUUCCAAUCACGCAAGACAAUUCAUUUUCCAAUACGCCCUGUUUUUUAGAGAUAUGAGAAAUGUUAAUUUGAUUUCUCUUUUCAUUAUACGUUUUAAUGAACGCAAUCAUUUAUUAUCUCCUUCGAGGAAAGCACUGUACUAAAAUUGAUAAUUUUAGAAUAUUACAUUUUUAUUAUUCGAUCUAA